AGAAGAGAAAACGGCAGGGUGGACUCCUGUCUGCAACACUUAAGUGAAAGCCUCCUGGCUGUCUGUCUAGAUAGCUGACGCUCAUUGACAAAUAGAACUGAUGAGAGAGGGGGUGUUUGCAAUGCUACCAAGGAGCUGAGAGGAGGAGGGGGGUGACACACCUGCAGAUCUCCCACAGGGAGGGCGUGAUAGACAGAGGCCUCGAGCACGUUUACAAGGGAAGGAGGAAGAGAGAGGCCCAGGUGUGGCUUGCGUCAAUGCAGCAGCGGAGCAGGCAGCCCCAGCUUGCCGAAGGCACCCUCCCUGUGUUCGUGUUCCCCACGGAGCUGGCCUUCUACGCCGAUGAGCAGGCGUCCCACAAGCAGGUGCUUACCCUCUACAACCCCUAUGAGUUUGCCCUCAAGUUCAAAGUACUAUGUACAGCACCUAACAAAUAUGCUGUGGUGGAUGCCACAGGAGCGGUUAAGCCACAGUGCUGUGUGGACAUUGUGAUCCGGCACAGGGACGUACGGGCCUGCCACUAUGGCGUGAUCGACAAGUUCCGGCUGCAGGUGUCAGACCAGAACCAGAGCAAGGCCCUGGGCCGCAAGGAGGUGAUCGCCACGCUGCUGCCUUCAGCAACCCUGGAGCCCCAGCUCUCCCAAUCCCAGGAGGAAGAGGAGGAGGAGAAGCGCAGGAUGAAGGAGCGGCUUGCUGAGAGAGUCUUCUUUGAGCAGGCUGCAUUUCAAACAGAAAGCCGGACUGUGUCGGGGGGACCUAGCGCGUUCACUGUGCUGGUGGGAGUGCUGUGUGUGGCUGCGCUCAUGCUGCCCACCCUGGGAGAGCAAGGAACAUCGGUGCCCGUCUACCUCCAUUUAAGUGUUAACAAGAAGCUCGCUGCUGCUUACGUCCUAGGUCUCCUUACAAUGGUUUUUCUGCAGACCUGACAUACUGUGGGUGCCAGUACCCUGAACAGAGAAAGGAGGAGAAAGGAACGCAUACACGCGCCCGCAACAAGAACCCCGGAAACCGCAUUUCAGCAAGCUUUAACCAUGAGAACAAACACUGCAUGCCACUGCCACAAACAAACAAACUGUACAGAAGCUUAUCAUCUGGACCAGGGCUAGAUGGAGGACAGGGUGGACAGAGAGAAGCACUGACAUAGCUGAGCUGGGAUUGGCUGCAAGAAGAGGGUGUGGGAGGGGCUUGGGCAGAAACACAACAGGGUGAUGUUUUAUUAAAAAUGGUGUUUGACUUCACAUCAUUCUUGUCUGUCUGCCUGGAUUUUUAUAUACCUGGAAGAAGGAACAAUGCAGGGGAAAAGCAUAUUGGAAUUUGUUCACAGCCACAAGUAAAGAUUUGCACAUAAGGUCA